CCGGUGUAUAUAGUUUUGGACCGGCGUCUUAUAAGAAACUGGUUUUUUUUUUAUUGUAAGUUGGUAACACGUUACUCACGAGUGAAAAUAUUUCAAAAAUGCAGGCCUAUAGUCUUGCACCUAUCUUAUUGAGCUGCGUUAUAACUGCAGUGGGGCGCCAUAUAUCAUUGGCACGACGAAGACGCACACGGACAAUAUAAUAUUGUAUGCGGAAAGUACAUGUGCCGGUGUGACGCGUGUCGGUCCGCUACCAAUCGAUAGUAAAUUAUUCCAUUCCUCAAAAGUAAAUAAUAUAAUAUAAAUCUAUAAUACGUCAUCAUCCCGCAAAAGUGCAUACAAAACCACUGAUUUAAUAAUUGUAACGAUAAACGGAAACAUGUGUGGGUGCGGAAGUAGUACAGAAGAAAGGGAUAGUACUUACGGUGAUAGAUACUACUACCCUCGCAAACCUCUUCAUCAAAACUGCUCUGACUGCAGACAUUAUGGCCGUUCCGUCUCCUAUGCUGGCAGGAGAACUAGAAACAACGGUGGUGGUUAUUACGACAGUGGUACUUACGCCGGCGAACUUCGUCAUGGCGGUGGAGAUGUUUUUGGCGGCGGAUACGACGUUGGAGGUGACUACGGCGUCGGCGGAGGUGACUACGGAGGAGGUAGAGUUGACAGCGGUGACAGCGGUGACAGAUGUGGAGGUGGAGGUGACUUCAGCGGUGGUGGAUGUGACGGCGGUGGCGGUGGAGGUGACAGCGGUGGCGGAGGAGGAGGUGACUGCGGCGGUGGUGGAGGUGACUGCGGCGGUGGCGGUGGCGGAGGUGACUGCGGCGGUGGCGACUAGCUAACGUUUUUUCAUAACAGUUUUUUUUUCAAAUAAUUCACUUACGAAUAGAUUUAUAAAUAUUAAACAAAUUAUACCUACCUAUAAUUUUAAUUUAAUACCAUAGGUAGGUAAUAGCUAUCGAUUACACAUAAUAAUAUAUUAUUAUAAUAUUAUUUAUUAGGUAAUUCAAAUUAAUACAAUAAUGCAUACUAGUAUUGUGCGCAUAAAAACAUUUAAAACGCAGUAUUAUAUUAACUUAUAACAUUUAUUGUCACCAAAUGGUAAAGAAUAAUAAAAUAUAAUUUAUGACUGCAAACGUACUAUUAUAUUCACGUGUCUCGAAUCUCUAUCUUGCUAUUAUUAUACGACUCAUAUUAUUAUAUUGUGUUGAAAGAAUUUCUCAAUCCCACCUGAAGCUGACGCACUCAGAAUUGUUAUGUAAAUAGGUAUAUAUAGCCUGCAUAGAAUUUUUUUCAUUUUUUAUUUGAAAAAUAUUUUCAUUUUAUUUAUUAUUUUUCUCAUUUUAGUAUAUCAAAUAAUUAUUAUCCACUGGCCAAAGCAAACCGUUAGGGUAUAUCGGUACAGCAAAAAAAAAAUUUGCUGCUCCCGUGCACCUAUGUAAAUUAAUUAUAUAGUUCAUAAGCCACUUGUGAUAUGAUUUUAAUUAACUCAAUUAAUAUUGUACUUAAAAAAAUAAUAUGUAGUAUGAGUUGUUUAUUCGAUGUGUUUUAUUUGUGUGAUCUUAGCUAGUUUGUAAAUAAUAAUCAAUUAAAAAAUA